AUGUCCUCGAUCGCGGCGGAUGCCAGGAUUCCUCCUCCAGCGCACCUACUUCCUCCUGAACCGUCAUCCUCUUCAAUAAGACGGAAAAGGCAGUCGGACCACCGCUCGUCGUCGUUAGUCCUCUACGAACACCACGCGAGGUCGGAUGGCACCACCUGCAAUGGCAUUGCGGAUCAGAGUGCAGUAUACACCGCGCAGUCUGACUGCUUUGAUUCGGACAAUGCAGUCUUUUCAUGCUUCCCCACCGGAGAUACCAUCUUCUCUCAACACCAAUGGGCGUACUUCGUCUGGAACAGUAGACUGCCCCAGUUCGCACAAACGAAUGAGGUCGACCUUUUGCUGUAUAAUGCGGAAUCACUAGAACAAGUACUAAGUAUCACUAAUCAAACAAAUCCAUCGACUACCUCAGGCUCCGUGUCGGUUUGCGUCAAUGAUACCUGGUUUGGAGCUGACGCUGCGAAUUGGGAUGGCGAGAAUAUCACAUCUGCGUACUACUGGGUCAUUACUCCUUCCACGAAGACCGAGGUCAUAUACCAGUCGCCGCAGUCGACAUUCUCUGCCGUCCAGACCACGUAUGCCGACUCUGUCCUUUCGUCAAGAAGCUCUGCAUCGUCUGCAUCAGCCGCAUCGGCGGCUUCAGCUUCCUCUGCAUCUGCUGCGUCAUCAAGAGCUUCUGCGGCAUCAGCAUCAAUAACAACCAUCUCUGGCAGUGCAACCGUGGGGACUGGCGUAGGGAGCGGGGCCAAUUCAAGUUACUCGGGUAUCCCAACCGCGAACCCUUCAAGCCGGCAACCAGGAGCGUCGGGUACAGCAUCCCCGGGCUCUGUGCAGUCGCUAAACAGCAACAAAUUCCCUGACUGGGCGAUUGCCGUCAUCGUCGUUCUCGGUUUCCUCGCGCUCGUUGCGUUCGGCAUCCUCACCUUCUUCAUCAUGCGCCGCGUACGAAACAGGCGGCAUAGCAUGCUCUCUCACCGUGGGUCCAUGAAUUCUGCGUCGCCGAUGAUGGCCAACGCCGCGGCGGGUGCCACUGCCCAGUCGCCCUUAUUAGGUGCCGCUGUGCUAGGAGCGGCUGGCGGGGCAGGGGCGGCGGAAACGGGCGAGGGAUCCCAUCGUGCAGUCUCUCCCACGGACGGCCAUGACGGUGCGUCGACGUUCUCGCGGCAAAGUGACACCGGCCUGUUCUCAGGCGCAGACGCCGCCAUUAUGGCCCAAGCGUUCCGGACCGCGUUGCGGAAGCCGGAGUUCGGGGACCGUCCUGACGAAGAAGGAGAGAGCCCAGAGAGCGACGCGAGCGAUCACGCCGGCGCUCUUCUGGGCCACGAGCUAGCAGAAGAAGGUAGAGACAUUCGCAGCGUUGGCUCAUCUAGAGGAGUCAAAGUAGAAACUUUGAGCGACACGGCUGAUGACGACGCAGCGACUGCAGCGACAACAGUCCACGACCGUCCUCAUUGA